CCUUGUUCCAACAUGGCCCAAGACCACAUUUCAACAAGAACACGUCUUAUGAGCGAGAGCGUGUGCUUUGUCAGCCAGCUGUACGGAGUACGCGGAACCUGAGCACGUGGGAGGCUCCCAUAUCUAAGGGCAGAAGUCAGGAAAAAAAACCCCAACCAAACAAAACAAACCGAAAAAUAACCAGCACCAUAGGUAUAUAAAAAGUCAACUUAGUUUUAGACAACUACUGCUUUGGGGUUUUUUUUGAAUCACAUUUAUUGUUGUUCCUUUAUACAGUGUGCAGUGUUAAGUCCAUUAUAACAAAUGUGUUGUUACAUUAAAUUAAUUUUCCAAGAUCAUUUCCAGAAACAUGAUAUGCCUCGGUAUCCGCAAUCUACGGACAAUUUCUGUAUGCUGCCUGUUCCCUGCACUGCUCAGCUAUGCUGUUGCUUUCCACUUGCAGCAUUUCUUAAAUUGUUACUGGUAUCUCAGGUUAGGUUCUUAGGGGUGCAUCGGAGCACCACUUCUGACAACGGAUUUAUCAUCAUUCAAAGUAAAUGAAUGAAGAUCUGAAUCGCAUCAGCAGCUUCCACCAGCGGCCUCUGGAUUUCCCAAGUUGUGCCUGAAAUUUCUCGUCUGUGAAUUGGGUUGGCAAGAAAGCCAGCCCCAAAAUGGCAGAGCCAGCAAGGCCCCUUUGCUAACGGACAAAGGGGAACCAACGCAGGAGAGGGCUGGAAAGGGAAGAGUUCAACCCAGCCCUUCUUCCAAGGCGGGAGGGCAGUGACCGAGCAGCUGCGUGGUGCUUAGUUGCUGGCUGGGGUUAAACCACGACAGUAGGACUGUACAACUCUUCAGGCUACUAGAAGACAUACUAUUCUCUUGGAUAAAAAGAACAUUUGCCCUUAUCCUCAGGGUAUUCCAAUGAAAGUAAAAGAUAAUCAGUGGCUGGAAGACAAGGCUUGCUGGGCCAAGAGCCUAUUUCCAGGCCUGGUCUUCGAUCAGACUCUCUGGAACAACCUCACUACUGCAAUUUGAGUACGCGGUAAUUGGAGGAGACAACACUUCUCAAUUUCCCCUACAAAGUGCUUACUGUGCAGUUCUGUUGCUGCACAGCCUUAGGACGAUGGGACGUCCCUACGGGGGGGAUCUCAGCUACAUCCCAACUACGCUUCCAGGUUGUCUGCAGGCUCCAGGUUGGAAUGAAGAUCCCGCAGGAUCAGGGAACUGACACAGAAGGGGUAGAAACUCUACAGACACUGAGCAGUGGAUGUUUGUCCAAUGCUUUCAACUACAAAUACAACAAAAAAUACAAAGAGAUGGUCCUGGUCAUUAAACUUCUGUUCCUCACCUGCCUGUGGCCGACAGCAGUGCUACACACUUCUCAAAGUCACCAUCACCAUCUUCACCAUCGGCAACAAUUCUCAUUCUUGAGAAAGCAUAACAGCAAACGAGAAAUUAAAAUGAGGAAACUUGACAGCACCAAAGUACGGCCACUUAAAUCCGAGCAGCUUCUUCGCAUAGAGGACCAUGACUUUGCCCUGAGACCUGGAUUUGGAGGGUCACCAAUACCUGUGGGCAUUGAUGUGCAGGUAGAAAGCAUUGACAGCAUAUCUGAAGUUGACAUGGACUUCACAAUGACUUUAUAUCUCAGACAUUACUGGAAGGAUGAAAGACUUUCAUUUCGUAGUAACAAAAACAAAAGUAUGACUUUUGAUGGAAGACUGAUAAAAAAGAUCUGGGUACCUGAUGUGUUUUUUGUACACUCCAAAAGAUCUUUCAUCCAUGAUACAACUGUGGAAAAUGUUAUGCUCCGAGUAUACCCUGAUGGCAAUGUACUCUUCAGUCUACGAAUAACAGUUUCUGCUAUGUGUUUCAUGGAUUUCAGUAGGUUUCCUCUGGACACUCAGAACUGUUCUUUAGAACUGGAAAGCUAUGCAUACAAUGAAGACGAUCUGAUGUUAUACUGGAAACAUGGAAACAAGUCCCUGAGCACAGAUGAGCACAUCUCCCUCUCUCAGUUUUUCAUCGAAGAAUUCAGUGCUUCCAGUGGACUAGCUUUUUACAGCAGUACUGGUUGGUACAAUCGACUUUUUAUAAACUUUGCACUCCGGAGACAUAUAUUCUUUUUUGUGCUACAAUCCUAUUUCCCAGCCAUGCUGAUGGUGAUGCUGUCUUGGGUUUCAUUUUGGAUUGACAGAAGAGCUGUUCCUGCCAGGGUAUCACUAGGUAUAACUACAGUGCUGACAAUGUCAACCAUCAUGACAGGAGUAAGUGCCUCAAUGCCUCAAGUGUCUUACAUAAAGGCUGUGGAUGUGUAUUUAUGGAUCAGCUUCCUUUUUGUCUUCCUGUCUGUCAUCGAAUAUGCAGCAGUGAACUAUCUCACCACAAUUGAAGAGAGAAAGCAACUCAAAAAAAGGGGCAAGGCUUCAGGAAUGUAUACUAUUGAUGCAGUGCAAGCAAUGGCUUUCGAUGGCUGCUUUCACGACACGGAUGUGGACAUCGACCUGACUGCUUUCUCAGACCGCUGUGAAGAGAAUGAGACUCGGGCCUGUGCAGCCAGCGGCUCCAAUGUGGACACAGCUCGCAUAAAGAGGAAGAGAUCUCUGAAGGGAAACGUGGGCAGGAUUAUUUUACAGAACAAUCAUGUUAUUGACACAUAUUCCCGGAUUAUAUUUCCCAGUGUGUACAUUGUGUUCAACUUUUUUUACUGGGGUUUGUACAUAUGAACAAAAAUCAUUAUAAGCUAGACACUAUUUUGCGUCUGAGAGUAGCGUUGUGCUUUAAAAGUAACGCAGCAGCAGUAGAAGAAAGAAGGGUUAAAAGUUUCUGAAACUGACUUCUGCGUCAUACCGAGGCUGGUUUGGUUAGCAGCAAAACUGUUAAUGAAAACCUCUCAUGAGUUUGUUUUUUUUUUCAAUUGGACUGUGAAAUGUUUCAUUGGGGCGAUCUAAUGCACAUGCUACUACUGCAGUAGCAUAGAGGCAGUUUUCUCACACACCUAAACACAGCAGCUCCCACCUGAAGUAUUACCACUCUCUACCGACACACUAACCGUUCCUCUUUAAUCAGCCUGCCUGUUUGU